AUGCUUGUGGAAUCUCAGCCUGUGUUCCCACACUCGAACGGGCACACUACGUCAGUUCCCCAUACCCGCUAUCGCCUCCCCUCGGCCAACCGCCCUCAACCCCAUUCGCAAUCCUCAAUCCUUGUAUCACUCAAGGAUACAUCCAAGCUGGCAGGAAAACAGCGCCGUAGCUUCUCUUCGCAGGGUGGGUUGCUGAACAGAAUGUUCAGUGGCUCCUCGAGCCCACCCAAAGACAAGACAGACCCAACUCCAAUCCCCGGAAUUGAGAACGACGCGAAUCUUCUGCCCGAAAACGCCAGUCCCCGGGACAAGCGAUUCUCGCCACCUGGUUCUGGAUUCUUUAACCGAAGACAGAGUGAGGAUCAGGCACCUGCUGCCGACAAGGACAAGAAGCGCCGCAGUAGCACUGUCACGAAGGCUGCCAGCUUUUUCAGCAACGCCAAGAACUCCUUGAGCCUCAACGGUAGCAGUGGUGGUAAUAAUUUCUCGGUUAUCAGCACUAGCCCACAGUCCUCAGAGAGCCCGCUGCACAAGCUGGGAAAGAUGGACCCAGCCUUGAGCGUCCCACAAGGGUCGUUCAAUAACUCCGCGGGUGAAUCAGUUCCAACGGCGUGCUCAUCUUUCCGGGUGGGAGUUACAGAAGACAGGAAUCGAAAAUGCCGUCGAACAAUGGAGGAUACUCAUGCGUACUUAUACAACUUUCUUGGAACACCGGCCCCAAGUGCAUCAGCCGACGUAAAUGGCUCUUCCCCGCCAAAUCAUGCCCAGUCUGGAGGUGUCUCAAAAGUGGUAGAAACUGACAAUGGGUAUUUUGCUAUCUUUGACGGUCACGCUGGAACCUUCGCUGCAGAUUGGUGCGGCAAGAAGUUACAUUUGAUUCUUGAGGAGAUCAUGCGGAAAAGCCCCAAUGCACCUGUGCCCGAGCUUCUUGAUCAAACAUUUACAAGUGUGGAUCAGCAGCUGGAGAAGUUACCUGUCAAGAACAGCGGUUGCACAGCCGUGACAGCCGUGCUGCGCUGGGAAGACCGCGUGCCAAGCUCACAGUCGGCCACUGGUUCUGCGGCUCUUGCUCCUGCAGCAGCAGCGGCAAACAACACUGAUACGACCGAGACGCCAACUCAAGAUACGCCCAUGGGUGGUACACAGGCACUUCCCAAACUUCAAGAAAAGGCUGUUCGACAGCGGGUCCUGUAUACGGCCAACGUGGGUGACGCUCGCAUUGUAUUAUGUCGUAAUGGGAAGGCCCUUCGGCUGUCGUACGAUCAUAAAGGAAGUGACGAGAACGAAGGCAAACGUAUCGCUAAUGCCGGAGGCUUAAUCCUCAACAAUCGCGUCAAUGGUGUGCUGGCGGUCACCAGAGCCUUGGGCGACGCUUACUUGAAAGACUUGGUGACAGGUCAUCCGUACACCACGGAGACCGUUAUUCAGCCUGAUGCGGACGAAUUCAUUAUUCUUGCUUGUGAUGGCUUGUGGGAUGUUUGCAGCGACCAGGAGGCAGUCAAUCUUAUCAAGGAUGUCCAAGAUGCCCAACAGGCCUCAAAGAUCCUGGUUGAUCAUGCGCUGGCCCGAUUCAGCACCGACAACCUGUCUUGCAUGGUUAUUCGACUCGAUGGCAACAGAGUUAAGGAUGUCGUCACCAACAAGGUGGAGCCUAUCGGUGUUGAUGGUGACCCAGCCACAUAUGUCUCCCACGGAGUCAGUGAAGCUGACAAGAUCGUGGAAGAUGCGCAGAAGAUUAUGGCUAGCCAUGGGAUAAAUGACCCAGAGUCUGCAGAGAAGGCAGGCCAAGAAGCUCUCCAGCGAAUGGGCAGCCACGAUCAAAACGCUGAACCUGUGCAGACUUCCAGUAAUUUGCCUUCUGUGGACAUUUUAAGCCCAAACAAGACGAAUCAAGACUCUACUUGA